AUGGAGAGCCAAUCUGGACUGGGCAAGCUCUUGCCCAAGUCAUUGUCGGCGCGGCGCAAACAGCGAAGCAAAAAGAGCAAGACGCGCGACGGAGACGCAGCCAGCGAUGCGACGACGGACAGGCCGUUGUCUACUGGUAGUGGCGACCUGUCGCUAGACGCCGACGGCCAGGACGGCGGCCAGGACGACGACCACGAGUACACCGACGAUGCGGAUGAUGGGAGCUUUGUUUCCUACGAGUCAAGCGCGGAUGCGAACCGCAGUGGAGAAUCCCUGCGCCCGUCAUCUAGAUCGCGACCGGUGCGGCCAGUUCCAUCCAACCACCCCUCGCUCGUCGGCUAUCUCACGACUUCCUCUCCCGCCGUUCAGGCUGCUCACCUAGACUCGCCGCCCAAGAUUCGGCCUUCGUCGCGAAACAGCCGCAGCCCCUGGCGGAAGGGUAACAGGGACGAAAAGGCAGACGCCCCAGACGCUGCCUCCCCGGUCAAGUUCCCGGAACUGCCAGUGCCCGCCAAACUGGCUGUUACCGACCGGGAGACUCGGGGCAAGAACCCCAAUAUCGAGGUCGAGGUACCCCGGACCCCCCCUAACGACGAAAAGUCCGGUCCCGUCAUUGUCAAUACGCCACCCACGCCGACCGACGCUGGCCUCGGUUUCAGCCGUACUUCGACCUCCUCGUCGGACAAGCGCUCCUCUGCUGCUACCAAUAGUCCUGCCGAAACGGGAUCGCCCACACGAAACAUGAACAUUCACAGGAGAAGCAAAUCUGGAGGAGCUGCCAUUGGUCCAAGCAAGCUGUCCAACAUCACCCCGGCGCCGCUGACACCUGGUGCGGAGGUAGACAGCGGUGCCAUAACACCGAGCGCAACUGGAUUCUUCUCGUCGGUCAUCUCUGCUGCCCAAAAUGCUGCAACGACAUUGAGCAACAAUAUGGCUGGCACUGGCAUUGGCAUGGGUGGACAAAGGAGCAAACCGGGAAGCUCAAAGUCACUAAGCGUGGAAGACAUUGGCCAGCUAGAAGACGACGGUAGCAUGGCUUCUCAACAGAACAAAGAAGAAGCUUCCCAGCUGCAAGCACGAAAUUCGCAGCGCAGUUCGGCCAUCCAGACUCUAGGUGCUGGAGAGCUAAGCCUCAGCCAGCUUGGCCUUUCCGAUGCCCCCAGCAACGUCGCCAGCCCCGCCAGUGCUAGGUUCCCGGAUGUUGUCGACACACGGGCCAGAUCCGAAUCUGCGCCAGUUGAGCCCCAUAGCGACCUUCCGAGCGAUGAGCCUGUCAGUAGGCCGCGAUCGGUCAUCGAAUCGGCCAACGGCGAUGAUUUUGCACAAUCACAACCCGACAUCGCCGGUCCCAACAGAAGCUCGAGCGUGCGAAGCGCGCUGAAGCCGCGUAGGAAGAGAGGGAGCUCCGUGACUACUGCUGCGACCAUCGGCGUGCCCGCGGGCGUACCGCUGCAGCCAACACCAACCUUGGGUGCUCCCAAGCUGACUGGAUUUGCCAUUGCUAGCAAGAAGAGGAAUCGCGACUUUCACUCGUUUUUCAAGAGCGUUCCUGAUGAUGACUAUCUCAUCGAGGACUACAGCUGCGCGUUGCAGCGAGAAAUUCUGGCCCACGGUCGUCUCUACGUUUCCGAGGGCCAUCUCUGCUUCAGCAGCAAUAUCCUCGGCUGGACAACUACACUGGUUAUGAGCUUUGACGAGAUUGUGUCGGUCGAGAAGCGAAGCACGGCAUUGGUUUUCAAAAAUGGCUUGAUGAUCUCAACUCUGCACGCCAAGCACAUUUUUGCAAGCUUCACCAGCAGAGACGCCACCUACGACUUGAUCGUCAACAUCUGGAAGCUGGGACAUCCUACCCUCAAGAGCACUCUCAACGGUGUCCAGCUCGAGGGAAUGGGCGGCGACAAGACAGAAAAAGUGGACGAUGAGCCCCAGGGCCUGGGACUGGAAAAUGAUACUCCCAUGGGCUCGGAGUCUGAAGACGACAGCGAUGAAGACGACGAAUUUUACGAUGAAGAGGAGGACGGCGCUUUUGUGGACACGCAGUCGACAGAACCGGAAACUUCACCGUCCGCCGGUGGUGAUUUUCCAGGCCCGGCAACACACGCGCCGACCGAAUGCACAGACGGCAGUACGCACUACGACAAGACUGUCGGUGACGACAUUAUCCCCGCUCCCCUGGGCAAAGUCUACAGUCUGCUUUUUGGCUCGGCGUCGACGACUUGGAUGACCAAAUGGCUUUCGGAGGACCAAAAAUGUCUGGAAGUUACGGUUGACGACAAGAAGGGGUUGGCCAUGGACAACAACACAAGGACAUGGACAUAUAUUAAGCCUCUAUAUGCCUCACUAGGCCCCAAACAGACCAAGUGUAUCGUCACAGAAACGCUGGAGAGCCUCGAUUUCGAAAAGUCGAUCACACUAAUGCUAUCGACACGGACGCCCGAAGUUCCGUCGGGCACGCUCUUCACGGUCAAGACCAGAUACUGCCUCACUUGGGCUGAGAACAAUGCGACAAGAAUUCAGGUCAAUUACACGACAGAAUGGACUGGCAAGAGCUGGAUAAAGGGCCCGAUUGAGACGAAUGUGAAUUCCGGGCAAGCCAAGUUCUGCGAGGAGCUGUUUGCUUCAGCCAAGGCGGCGGUGUCGACUAGGGGUCGGUCCAACACGCUUACGAACGGCGGCAAAGGCAGGAAGAAGGGCAAGAAGGGCCGGGCCAGCCUGGCAGCCAACGAAGGCUCAGAUGUUUCGGCUAAGAAGGCUGAGAAGACCAAGACCAGCUGGGGCCCAUUGGAACCUAUUCGUGGAAUUUUGGAGCCGAUACUCGAUAUUCUCAAGCCUAUCUUGACCGGCAACGUCAUGUACGGACUGCUUGUAGGACUGCUAGUUGCGUCGUGGUUUGGGUUCGGCUUCUCGCCUAGCAAACCUGCAGGCGGGUUUGGUGAGGGAUCAGGUGGACGAGGCGAGCUGGUGGACAUGUACGGUCCUUUCAGGCUGGCAGCGUACGAAGAGAUGUGGCGUCGAGAGGAAAGCGAGCUGUGGGAGUGGCUCGAGGAGCGGACGGGUCUUGGUCAGAUGGAUUCAGACAGUCACGGCAUCAGAAAACGCGCGGUUGAGCCGCGUACGAUGCAGGAGAGAAUGCAAGAGUCUCGAAUGGACGCACGCGAAGUGCAAGAGGCGAUUCGGGUGACGGAAGAGAAGCUCAAGGUGCUGAGGCAGGUGAUUGUCAAUAGCCCAAAGCAGGAAAAGGCGAGCGAAGCGGCUCAGUGA